AUGGCAAGCUGGCAUCAUCACAGUUCUCACGGAGGCAAUAAGCUUAUCGAGAUGAAAUCCUCUUGGCUGCCAGAUUGGGCGCUCAUCGAGAUCUCUUGCCAAGGCUCUGCGGCGAGGAGGGGCCAAUUUCUCGACUCGGAUCCCGCCAGGCUCUCCAGCGGCGGCGACCUGCACCAUGCCCCACCGCGCGAUGAACAUGGAACCUCAGUGUCUUCCAAAGUUAAAAAGGACAAACUUAUUGGUGGCCUGUUAGAUCCUGGUUUCGAUGAACAGUCAUGUCUAAGCAGAUACCAGUCAGUAUUGUAUCGAAAAGAAUCACCCCAUUUACCAUCGACAUACCUUCUGGAAAAACUAAGGGAACAUGAAGUUCUCCAGAAGAAGUGUGGCCCACAUACAGUAUUAUACAAGAAAGCUACUGAGCAGCUAAAGUCUGGUCAGGAUAUUAAGGUCAGGGAUUGUAACUAUUUGGUCUGGGUAUCUUAUAGUGGUCUUGGGAACAGGAUCUUAACUAUUGCCUCAGCAUUUCUCUAUGCCAUCCUUACAAACAGAUUUUUACUUGUUGAUGGAGAUAAAAGCACUGCAGAUCUUUUCUGCGAACCAUUCCCUGAAACAUCAUGGUUAUUACCGUCGGAUUUUCCUAUUAAGCAGUUUAAGAAAUUCAGUACUGGUCCUCGUGAGAGUUAUGGAAACAUGCUGAAAACUAGAAUUAUCCGUUCUGAUGGUUCUUUUAAGGGCCCUAACCCUGCCUUCCUCUAUCUUCAUCUGGCUCAUGACUACGAUGACUAUGAUAAGCUUUUUUUCUGUGAACAUAAUCAGCAAUAUCUUCACAGAAUCCCAUGGCUCAUCUUAAAAUCUGAUAAUUACUUUGUACCUUCACUUUUCCUGAUCCCAGCAUACCAAGAGGAACUCAUGAGGCUUUUUCCUCAGAAAGAUACUGUUUUCCAUCACUUGGGACGUUACUUGUUCCACCCUACCAAUGUUGUCUGGGGUUUGAUUACAAGGUACUAUGAUUCUUAUCUUGCCAAAGCUGACGAAAAGUUGGGUAUUCAGAUCAGAGUCUUUGAUACUGAAACUUGUCCGUUUCAGCAUGUCUUGGAUCAGGUCCUUGCAUGCACACUGAAGGAAAAGCUGUUGCCGGAAGUUAAUGCUCAACGGCCAAUUGUAUCAACAAGAAACAUCAGAUCGAAAGUUGUUCUGGUCACUUCUUUAUACUCUGGAUACUACGAAAAGAUUAGGAACAUGUACUGGGAACAUCCAACGACAAAUGGUGAGAUAAUUAGCUUCCACCAGCCAAGUCACGAGGAGCAUCAGAAUUCAGACAAGAAAAUGCAUAACAUGAAAGCAUGGGCAGAGAUUUAUCUGUUAAGCUUAUCUGAUGUUAUGGUAACAAGUGCAUGGUCAACUUUUGGGUACGUUGCCCAGGGUCUGAGUGGUUUGAAGACGUGGCUUAUGUUCAAGCCUGAAAACAGCACCGCGCCUAAUCCACCUUGCCAUCAAGUUAUGUCCAUGGAACCGUGCUUUCACGCUCCACCUUUCUAUGAUUGCAAAGCUAGGAGGGGAACUGGUACGGGAAAUCUUGUUCCGCAUAUAAGACAUUGUGAAGAUAUGAGCUGGGGGAUCAAGCUAGUUGAUAAGAAUGAAUGGUAGAUGUGGUGGUUUUACUUUGUUCAACUCAUAUAUGUACAGUACAAGUCAACACUUUCUGCUAUACAUUUUUCAGGCAUAGGUUUAUCUUUGUAUCUAUAUUGAGCAAGAUUUUCUGACUUAGUUAAUACGAAAGAAGUGACUCGGAA